AAAUGCAGCUGCGCCAUUCCUCCUUUGUCCAUUGAAGAGAAGCGACUUGCAACGGAAAGAUACAGGGGGCUUUGCAACGUGACCGUUAAUUGCACCGCAGUCGGAAACAACGUUUUCUACACAGUUGCCGUUUCGUUGAAGGCGAAGCUUACAAACCGAGCGUAGCUGCGUUCGUUGAUUUCACCGUGUUAGUUUAUUAUGAGCACUUCUGAGCCCGCCAUAGAGUCAAGCCCUCAGAAGAAAAUCAAAAUGGAAGACACCAAAUAUCUGCCGGAGCUCCUGGCAGAGAAGGACAGCUUGGAUGCGUCGUUCACGCACGCCAUGAAACUCAUUUCUGCAGAGAUUGAUAGGAUUCAGAAAGGUGAAGCCAAGAAAGAGCCAGAGAAGGAAAUUUACCAGGACCUGUUUGCUAACAAGAAUCUCAAACUGAAAGAGCGGGUACUCAUUCCUACCAAGCAGUACCCUAGGGUUAACUUUGUUGGCAAGCUCCUGGGACCUCAGGGCAGCACAAUCAAGAGACUCCAGGAAGAGACUGGUGCAAAAAUUUCAGUCCUAGGAAAAGGUUCCAUGAGGGACAAGAAUAAGGAAGAAGAGCUGAGGAAGGGUGGUGAGGCCAAAUAUGCUCACCUGUCCAUGGAGCUACAUGUGUUCAUUGAGGUGAUGGCACCCAUACCAGAAGCCUAUAUGCGCAUGGCUCAUGCCAUGGAGGAGGUCAAGAAAUUCCUUAUCCCGGAGCCCGGUGAGCACGACCCGUACAUGGAUCCUCACUUUUUGAAUGGAUCACAGGAUGGUAGCAGGGGGCGAGGUGGUCACCUAGGAAGAGGCAGAGGUGGACCACCUGGUGCUGGAGGACCAAGGGGACGAGGGAUGCCACGUGGGGCACCUCGAGGAGCAAUGCGUGGUGGUGGACCACGGGGAGGAUUGGGACGGGGCAAUGGUCAUAGAGGAGCACCAUCUGGCCGGGGUGGACCACCUUCUGUUCCAAAUAGAGGAGGCUCAGCUCCCCGCUCUAGACCCCCUUCAGGAGGGGCUCCAAGGAUGCUCCCUUCUGCAGCCAUGUCCCACCAGCAGGGUCCUAAUUCAGCAUCACAGCCCAAAGCUGAUGGCUAUGAGGACUAUUCUUCAUAUGACGAAUCCUAUGCAGAGCCUGCCUACGAAGGAUACGAUAGUUAUUAUAAUCAACAAUCUGCACCUGCAGAUACUGAGUAUUAUGAUUAUGGACACGGAGAGGCCCAGGAUACCCCAUAUGAGCCUUAUGCUCAAGAUGAAUGGGACAACUCAUGGUCCAACUCUGGGGCUGGAGGCAAAGCCGCCGCGGCCCGGCAGUCGAAGGGGUCGUAUAGAGAGCAUCCCUAUGGCAGAUACUGAACAGCUACUGGUAGAGAGUUGCUAUUGCAACUGUCUCCGAUUGUAACUCCCUGAACUUUUCUAAAGUAAUUUCCCUCUCGUUUGUUCCCUUUUUUUAUGGUUUAUUUUAUUUUUUUUAACUCGGUAGAGAAGUUUUGUUGGAUGUAUCAUAGCGUGCCAGAGGAGAAACACGAAGACAAAUUUUUUCAUUGUUUAUCUGUUUCCAUUUAAUGUUUUCAGUUUAGUAGUUGGCAGGUCCUAGUGACAACCCUAACAACAAAUGAAAAAGAGUAACAUUUUAGUGAUAUUUGAUGGUUAUGCUUUCAGUUAAUUGUUCCUGAACAAAAUAUGAUUGUGGCGAUAAAUUCUUCUCACGUAGGCUGCAUUUUAAAAGUCCUUCAUGAUUGGACAAAAAUGAUUCAUAAUGCUUCAUAAUGCCUCAAUGUAACUUCCCUAUAACGAAUAGAGCAAGUCGCAAACUCAAAUACAACCCUGAGCCGUUGUGAUAAUAAACAAAAGUCUUAUAUAUUUGUUUAUACUACAAUACAAAUUUAGUCUUGUGUGAAGUCCUAAAAUACUAUUGAAACCCAUUUGACAAAGAAAAAUGCUUCUAUUUUUGCCACACAAUUGGUUUAUGUUCUGUCGGGAAUAUUACUUGCAAAAUCAACGCUGAUUAUCGACUAAUUCUUGUAAAGCUUGAAGGGUUAAUAAUCCUUGCUGUGUGAGAGGAAGGCUGCAGCCAACUCGAUAUUUUGUACAUAACCGUAGGACAACUGUGUAUGCUUUAAGCCGUGCCGUCUCCAAAAUGCAUAAUGCUUGUGUACCUUUGGCUAAAUAGGAUACUAAAUAUAUCCCAAAAUGUUUUUCUGCAGUGCGUGUUUCAAUAAAGUUUCUAGUUUCUUUUUAAUCAAUCUAAACAUGGUAUUUUGCCUUUGUUGUACCAAAGGAAUGCCUUCAGUUUGUGAAAGUGGUCCUCAGUGGUUUCUCAACAACGCUGAAUAAGCUGUAUGUAUACACGUCAGCCUGACAAAAAAACAAAAGCAGUGUUUUGACAAUGAGCUUUAUCCUCUUCGUCUGUCUUCAAAACUUACCUAAAUGACACUUGUAAUGUCACCUUCAAAAUAAAAAAAAAUAAAGCUCAUUCCUUGAGAUAAUGUGCUGCCAAAUACAUGUUUGAUUUGAGAAUGAUAUAGUGCUUGAACAUGUAUUGUCAUUAACCUUUAGUUAGUGUAUCUAUUCAAGCUCUCGAGAGCAAUGUAUCUUCAGCCCGCUUGAAAUAACUGAAUUUCAACAGUAUUUCAAAUCAAGCUUGCAGGGAUCUUACUUGACUUUGAUGCAAAGUCAUGCUGGCUGGUUUUUAUAAAAGAAAAAAAUCGCAGAGGAGAGGAUUCUAAAAGCCUAAAGAUCGCCACAAGAAGGUAAAACUAACCCCAACACUCAUUUGUUAGAUUUUUGUUUUUUUUCUGUGCAAAACAUCAAGUAAUGCAAGUCAUCAAAACAUAUCAAAAACAUUGAAGUACAAAAUUAUGCUAUCUGUAGUUUAUUUCCGAGCAAAAUAAGGCGUACAAAACAAUCAGAAAUGGUUGUGAUGCAACUCUUGCUCAAAUAAAACCCAUAAUGGUACACUCAUUUCAUUCAAUACUUACCAAUUUCCAUCUUGAUAAUUUCUGUAGAAAUGUAGAUUAAUGAAAACUAGUAGUUGCACUCAAAGCAUUAAAAUAUCCCAUUGGUGGACAAAAACCUUUCAGCUUGAGUUGCAUGAUACUUUUGUAGUAUAAAGUUAGUUUUGCAUGAGUUAUUAUCCACUGUGUGCACAUCGGCAAUGUUGUGUCCAAGAUCUCAUUUCUGUUUCUCUUCUUAGGUGGUCAGAAAACUAGAUGCAGUUGACUCAUUGAACUCCAGUUUCUCAGGCUUUCAUGGUCCGUUGAAAGUCCCUGGAAAGAGCAGAGGCCUCGCAGUGUCUGAGUCUGACUGCUUCUUUGUAAAUACUAAUCCCUCGAGGGAUGUGUCUGCUUUUAAGAAAUGCAGAAGGAGCUUUCUCUCACUGAGAAAAUGCUCAAGUCUACUGAAUUUUUACUGUAGCAAAGAAAUAACUUUUUUUUUAAGUGUGCUGUCAUGGAUUUUUAUUGAAUGUACAGAUUUACAAUCGUUUUACACAAGACAUUUUAAUUGCCUUUUUUAUGAAAACAAUAAAGUUUUUUUUAAUGUAAAA